AAACAACAACCAAACAAAGAUGGCGGACGCAGGAUGAAAGAAGAAAAAUUCAACUGAUUUUCCCCUUUUAUGAGCGUGACAAAGUUUUGAGAUGGCGAGAAGUGCACCGUACCAACGGGUGGUGAGCGACGCGGCGAGCUGGCGACAGGACCAGGCGCUAAACGCCACCAUCUACAUCCUCAGGGAGAUAGGACCUACAGGAUUCUUACUGAAGGAGGAGGGGGAGGCCAAGAAGUUUAAGGUUCUUCUUGGAGACCCACACACCUGUACCUGUCCAGUCUUUUCUAAAGAAAAAGAUAUCUGUAAACACAUCUGUUGGGUUCUCUUGAGGAAGUUCAGAGUAGCAAGAACCAAUCCAGUAUCCUUCCAACUUGGCCUGGUUGAACGAGAGAUAAACGAGUUACUGAGAGGAGUUCACCAGCCACAACAGGAGUCCCAGAGAGCCGCGGACAGACGGACGGACCAGCGGACGGACAGUUCAGGGGACGGACGGACCAGACUACAGCAGAAACCAAUCACAGAGGAGGACAUCUGUCCCAUAUGUCAGGAGGAGUUUCUCAGGAAAAGAGAGCCAGUCACAUACUGCAAGUACAGUUGUGGUCAGAGUAUCCACAUCAAGUGUAUGAAGGUCUGGGCGGAACACCAGCAGACGACAGGACAGACCGAGAUCAAAUGUCCCUUCUGUAGACAGGACUUUGGACCCAUCCAGGAGAUCAAGGAGGAAUUUAAGAAUGCUGCUGGCCGCCAGCCUGUCAUUGGUCUGAACAAACACCUAGGUGUGGAGUGCAAAAACUGCAGUAUGAGACCCAUUGAGGGAAAAUGCUACAAGUGUAUAGUAUGUCCAGACUUCCACUUGUGCCAAAACUGCUUCUCAGGAACUCAGACUCACAAGGAGCAUUCCUUCCAGUUCAGACAGAAGAGUACGCAAAGAUGGCGGCCAGCUCAGCGGGGAGGGGGGCAGGCCCUGCCCUCGGCUGUCAUCAAUAACAUGCUUUCCCGCGAUCUAACUGACGAAGACUAUGAACUCCUACAUUUGCUAGAAAGCUCAACAGCCAAUCAGAGUGGUACAGUGCCAGAACCAGUGGUGAACUCCCUGCCAGUUGAGAUAGUCAGGCAGAAGAGCCCCCUACUGGCUCCAGGGCAGCAGUGCAGGGUCUGCCUUAGGGGCUUUUCAGUGGGACAACACUUGAGGAGACUGCCAUGCAAACAUAAGUUUCACAAGGACUGCAUCGACCAAUGGCUGCUUCACCAGCGUGCGACCUGUCCGAUAGACGGGAUGAUGGUCUACGACCCUAUGAACCCGCUUGACUCCAUCCACCGUAACCAGGGACGACGGGUUGCCAAGACAACAGACAAACGCAAGCCCAACACAGAUGCUACUGACAGGGACACUGGCAUAGAACUGGUGGUUCCUGGGAUAGGGGUCGUAGUUCACGGGAGAGGUCAAGGGUUCGUGCCCCCUGAGAUGAGGAGGCACGUGAGAGGUCAGAGGUCAGGCAGCCAUGUUUCUAGUGGUGGAAACGAUCAGUUUUCGGAGGGAUUCGCUCUGAGUGGAAGAGGACUUGCACCUAGCUCUCAAAGCCAUAAUGAGGAGUUUGCUGCAAUAACAGCUGUACAGACAUCCAACACCUCUGCAACACUAGGCCCAGUCAUCAUAGAUCGUACACCCGUCCCUCCAUCCAUACCUACCAUACACAACAUCAGCGGUGGAUUGGACUCAACAAGAAACUCGCCAUCACGAAAACCUCCAAGCGGAUUCUUUUCCCCAAACUCGAAUCGCAGUAAUUCUGGCGACAGCAGAGGUCGAAGUCAGGCAAGGAGAUCACCAUUCCAAGUUCAAAGGUCAAGGACUCUGAGCAGUGGAAGGCCAAGGGCGACUUCUCAGGAAAAGCUUGGACAGGGUCAAAGGUUAGAGGGUAGAGGUCAUGUGUCAAAUGAGAGGUCGAAUUCUGGGGAGGUUGGAAAGAGGUCAAGUGGAAGGGCAGCAAUCAGUGGAAAGACUUUAAUGAGGCAAAGGUCAAAGGACAGAGGUCAUGGGUCACAGGAGAGGUCAAGUUCAGGAGAGGCCAAGAAAGGGUCUGGUGGAAAUGUUGGGUCAAGUUUAAGGCAUGCAGAAGCAGCAUUAGACUCUUUAACCAUUGGCAGGAGAAGAAACUCAGGGACAGAAGGUGUUGGGACAAAUUCUGGCACGUUGGAUGCGGGGAAGUCAAGUUCAAGCAAAGGUCAAGUACACAGGGAUGUUCUAGGGAUCACCAACAACAUUAGGCUACAGAGGGAAGAGAAUCAUCAAGAGAAUUCUACUGGUAGCUCAGGGGACUUGUUACUUGCUGGAACAAGUUUCAACACCCCAACCUCAGAGAAUUGAGAUUUCUUUGAGCUACAGUACAUUGUGAAAUAUUUGCAUUUUUUUCUACUACUGUAUACUACUACAUUGUUUCAAUAUGAAAUGACGUUUUUGUCAUACAUCAUAGAAUUCUGAAAUCAGGUAUACUAUGAAUUUUAUCUACAUCAAAAUAUAGUAUCGUUAUGAUUUAUCAAACCAGUGAAAUAUAUUUUGCCAAAAGGGUUUUGCACCCUAGUUUGCUUGCAUAGUGGAGCUUUGAAAAGAUGGGCAAUUUAUUAUGUCAGAUAAUUUCAUUUUGUUUAAUAUAGUGUGGGAACUCUAUAGCCAUUAUCAGAUCCGCAGGCAUUUUUUUUUCUUUAACAAAUAAAGACGAAAAUGUGUGAGAAUGUGCAAUAUUUAUAUAUGGUCAUACUAAGCUUUCUGCUUUCACCACUUAGACUCAUGGGCUGCUAUUUCUUUUGUUGACGUUGAUGUUAUUA